UCCCCCCACUUUCCUCGAUUGAACCCCAUACGAUACGCCUUUGGUAUGGCUCAGUCCUCGCCGCGCAAGGGAAAGGCACAGGGACACCAGCACCAGCGUAGCGACUCGUCAGACUUUGCAGGAGGGAGCAGCAGCAGAGGAGGAGGAGGAGGGCAGCGGCGCCGAGCGUCGUACGAGGACGAAGCCGACGAUGAGGACUACCCCUACGAAGACGACGAGGACGAAGAGGAGGACGAGGAUGGCAUCAUUGAGCUAGGCAUGCCUCUGACGUACGAUCGCUUUCUCGCCUCGCAUGUCCUCUCGCUCCUGCCCGCCUUUUCGCUCCUGCUGGCCCUCGGCCUCUUUGCGUGGGAGGCCCCGUGCGUCCUGACGGACGUGGGCGAGUCGACACAGGAGGAGUCGCGCAGCCUGUGCCGGAGAAUGGCUAGCGAAGGGAGCAGCAUCACGGCGUUUGCGCUGGGUCUGGUCGGAUGGAGCGCAAGCUUUGCAGCGAGGCAUGCCGUGGAGAAGCUCGUUGGUUGGGCAGCAUCGGGUGUGAGGCUGGUGUUGAAGAGGCCGACUGGCACGCUAGAGGGAGAGGCCCAACAAGAACAAGAAGGAGAAGGGGAAGGCGUGCUCGAGACUAUUGUGUUUUUGGCCAUUCGCACCGUCUGGCUCGAGGUGCUGCGCAUGAUGAGCAUCCUCAUGGCAUUCAGUGUCAUCCUGGCCCGUCUCGCAAGGCUUCGUGCGCGCGUGCAAAGCGGGAAUGCCCAUUCCGAAGGCAUGCUCUCGCCAUGGGAUCUCGAUUGGUACGAUCCGAGAUUUGCCGCAAGCCUCUGGGUUGCGUUGGGCUGGGCCACAACGGAGUUCGUCGUGACGUCUACGCAGAUGUUCGAUCGAUUGACGCUGUACCGUUCUGCGUUUGACCAGCCGCAGGAUGUCGAGACCGACGUUGAGGCCGCCCUUGUCUCACGCCCUGACGCAAACGCAGCUGUCGACAGCGAGGAAGAAGAGUAUAUCCAGUCACCCAUAAAGACGUCCUUCAACGUCGCAUCGGCAGCGAUGAAGCGCUCCGCAUACGCCUCGGACCUCGAGAGCAGCAGCAGUGGAAACGAGUCGGGCGCUACAGUGACGGCACGCAGCUCGGCAAACAAUCAUCACAAGGUACCUGGCGAAUUGGCCGGAAAUGGUCAUCAGCAACAGCAGCAGCAACAGCUCCGCAAGGUGACACCCGAAGAAACGUUGAGCAAGGCCCGCGCGGAGGCAAGGCGGACCUUCCUAUCCUCGCGGCGCAUCAUCACGCCCUCGUAUGGCUCCAUUGAUGCAGUCGCCAGCUCGCCAGCUUCCCCACGGCGGACUGAAGAGGAGGAGCUGAACGCACUCCAGACACGUCUUUUCAACUCCCUCGACCGGCUGAUCAUCGCCAAGAAGCGUUCCGACCUCGAGGCGAGCCUCGGUGUGCCUCUUCCAGAUGUCCCUCUCGUUCUCUGCUCACUGUGGCGCAUCGACGGCUUCCUCUGGAACUUGGGCAGCACCCUGCUCCUUUCCGCCUCGCUGACCCUCGCCCAGGGCCCGCUCUCCUCGGCGUCUUCUCCUCUGCCAGACCCGUUCGUGCCGUUACACAAGAUUGCAACGACGCUGGGCUGCCUGAUUCUUCUUCACGGCACCUUUACAUGCUUCUGGAACCUUACGCUGCCCCGGCUCGGCUUUGCUGUCGUGACGUACACGAGCCUCUUGGCUGGAUUAGGCCUCGUUGCGAGCGCCCUGGCGAGGUGGGGGCUUCUCGUCUGAUCUUUCCCCUUUUCAUUUAUACCCCUUUCAUCUCUCUCUCUUUCUUGUAACGAGCAGCGCCUUUUGGCGAGAGACGACACGCAAUGCUGAAAUGACAUCGACCCAUUAAUUACC